UAUUAAUAAUUAAUAAUUUAUCUAGUCCAUAUUUUCCUAUCAUCACCUCUAUAAAUACCAUCAAUUUCUCAUACCAAAAAACCACACACUACACAAAUAUAACUACCAAUCCUCCAUAUAGUUCUACAAAUUAAAUACACUUCAAUUUCAUCCAAAAAAAAAUGGCGGCUCUAACAUUCAAAGUAACGAGGCAAAACCCGGAGCUAAUCCCUCCGGCGAAGCCGACGCCACACGAAUUCAAAUCACUCUCCGACAUAGACGAUCAAGAGGGGCUCCGUUUCCAAAUUCCGGUGAUACAAUUCUACCGGAAUAUUCCCUUCAUCCAAGCGGACCCCGUCCAUGUCAUCCGUGCCGCCAUAUCCGAGGCCUUGGUUUUCUACUACCCGUUCGCCGGUCGGCUGAGGGAAGUUGCCGACCGGAAGCUGGUGGUGGAGUGCACCGGCGAGGGGGUUAUGUUCAUCGAGGCGGAUGCUGACGUGUCGCUGCAGCAGUUCGGCGAUGACCUUCAGCCGCCGUUCCCCUGCCUUGAGGAGCUGCUUUAUGAUGUACCUGGUUCUUCUGGAAUUGUUAACACCCCUCUAUUGCUUAUUCAGGCCACGCGCUUGAGAUGCGGCGGGUUCAUCUUCGCCGUCCGCCUCAACCACACAAUGAGCGACGCCUUCGGCCUCCUCCAGUUCAUGACCGCCGUCGGCGAAAUCGCCCGCGGCGCCAAAUCCCCGUCGACCCCACCAGUCUGGGAGAGGCACCUCCUGAACGCACGCGCCCCGCCGCGCGUGACAUGCACGCACCGCGAGUACGACGAGGUGCCGGACACCAAAGGAACCAUCAUCCCACUCGACGACAUGGUCCACCGCUCCUUCUUCUUCGGCGCCGCGGAGAUCUCCGCCCUCCGCGGCCGCCUCCCGCCGCACCUCCGCCGCUGCUCAACCUUCGAGCUCCUCACCGCCUGCCUCUGGCGGUGCCGCACGAUCGCCAUCUCCCCGGAGCCCAACGAGGAGGUCCGGAUGCUCUGCAUCGUCAACUACCGGAGCCGGUUCAACCGGCUGCUGCCGAAGGGCUACUACGGCAACGCCUUCGCGCUCCCCGUCGCCAUCGCCACCGCCGGAGAUCUCUCAACCAACCCGUUCGAGUACGCGCUGGAGCUCAUAAGGAAGGCGAAGUCCGAAGUGACGGAGGAGUACAUGAGAUCAUUGGCGGAUAUGAUGGUGAUCAGGGGGCGGCCCCACUUCGCGGUGGUUCGGAGUUUCGUGGUUUCCGACUUGACCCGCGCCGGAAUCGGAGAUGUGGACUUUGGGUUGGGGAAGGCGGUGUACGGAGGUCCGGCGAAGGGCGGCGUAGGAGCCAUCCCUGGGGUUUUGAGUUUUUACAUACCAUUUAAAAAUAAGAAGGGGGAGAACGGAAUAGUGGUUCCGGUAUUCUUGGCGGCGGACGCCAUGGAAGUGUUCGUGAAGGAGCUUGAGAUGAUGGUGAGUAGAGAAGAUGACAACAACUCAGUCUUCAUUACUUCAGCACUCUGAAUUAUUUAUUAUGUACCUUGUUUCGUAAUUAUUUAUCUGUUCCAGGUUUUAUCUAUCCUACACCCGGUGAAGGUUACACCGGGUGAUUUUACACCGUUGAUCUACACAUACUUUUGUGUGUAUAUGAAUGAUAAAGAUCUACCCGAUGUAUUUCACUCGGUGUAGGAUCUCAAAAGCCAUCUGUUUCCAAUGUUUCAUAAUAAAUGUCGUUAUUUAAAAAUAUUUUGUUAAAAA